AGUGAUAAGGAAUUUAGUGUUUUCAAAAAACGAAUUAAUUUAUUUACAUUAUUGUUCUUAUGAUGGUAAUGUAAAAAUAAUAUCGUAUUUGUUCGUUGUUUUCGUGUUUCAUGUUCGUGCCGAACACGAUGGCGAUCUGAGAAGUAGGAGCUGUUCGAUUUAUUCAUCGUUGACUUCUUUGUUGCAAUGUCGAUCGUCAACCAUGGCUAUGAAAAAAGUAUUAACUAAAUGCAAAUUUGACGAAGGCGAAAAAGUUUUAUGUUACGAGCCAGAUCCUGCGAAAACCAAAGUUCUCUAUGAUUCAAAGGUUUUAAAAGUGGUUCCUGAAAAAGAUGAACAAGGUCGCAAAUUCUUCAAGUUUCUCAUUCAUUUUCAAGGAUGGAAUUCUACAUGGGAUCGAUAUGUUACUGAUGAAUUUAUUUUAAAAGAUACUGAAGACAAUCGUAAACUUCAAAAAGAACUGGCUGAAGAAGCUCAACUUACGCCUGGUGGCCACUUGUAUAGAAAAGAACGGAAAAAAAAAGUGAAAACCGAAUCAAAACCAGUAGUAAUAUUAGAGCCAGAAAUAAAUCCUAUAAAUGAAAAGUCUAUGAUAGAAGACGAUAUCAUACCAGUGCCUAGUGAUACAAUACUGUUACCUAAAAGAAAGUUACCGAUACUUGAAUUUCCGGAUAAUUUAAAAUAUCAUACGGGAUUGAACUGUUAUUUAGCUCAUGAAAAGAAUACUUUAGUGAAGUUACCUUGCCAGCCUAAUGUAGUUACACUAUUGGAAAAUUACCUAAAGCAUUUAGCUAGAAAUAACUUUACAGAUAAUAAAGUAACUACUAAAAAGAUCCGUCAACCUGAAGUACUUGACAAACAACAACUAGAAAAACGUUACAAAAUUUGUGUAGAAGUAUUAGAUGGUCUGCGAAUUUGUUUUAACACUUACUUGUUCAGGAGAUUAUUAGUAAAUGAAGAUGAACAAGCCCAAUAUUAUGAGGCAUUAAAAUGUGCUGUUCAACCACCUGUAAAUUCUUCAUCCCAGAAUGGUGAACAAGAACAUUUUAAUAUUCCAAAUGGCGAAGAACUAGAAAAUAAUGUUCAUGAAAAUAAAAACUGUGUUAAAGGCAAACGAGAUAAAACAAGUAGUUCAAACAGUCAAUAUGCUCAGUCCCAAAAAACAUGUUCAGAUUGCAGUUUAACAAAAUCUCAAUGUUCAAAAAUUGUUCAAGAUAUGUUUGAGAAAGUACGUGAUGAGUAUGUAUCUAAAGCAGAUACAUGGAAAGCUGUUCCAGAUAGUGCAUAUGAUGAAGAAAUAAAACAGCCAGCAAUUAUUUAUGGUGUUUACCACCUUUUAAGGCUUUUGGAAAAUUUGCCAAAAAUAUUGGCAUACACUGAAGUGGAAGGUGAAAAACUAACGGUUAUUUAUUCAUACAGCAAUGGACUGUUAAAUUAUCUUUCAACCCAAACUCAUUUGUUUGGGAUGCAGUAUUAUGUGAAAAACGAGAUGGAUGACUCUUUAAAAUCAAUUCGAAAUCACAAAAAUCAGAAAAUUUAACUUAUUUUAAGUCAACUAUUAUAUGUUUAUAUACAUUAAUAUAUGUACAGAGAGUGAUCCACAAACCAACAAUUAUUUCUAAAAAUAUUAAUUAAAUAUUAUAAUUGAUUCACCUUAACAAAUAAUAAUAAUUUAAUGUAUAAUAUUUAUGUUAUUGAAAUUUAAUUUUCGACAUUUGACUCUUCUCCAUUAGUGUUCUAAAAAUAUUAGCAGUUCUUAUUCACUUUUAUUAUUUUAAAUGAAACUAUAGCCUAUUAAUGAGUUUGUAAUAAAUAAUAGUUAACAGUGAUGCUCAUCCCUACCUUCUGUUUCACUAUUACAACCAUAACUAAAUAACUAAUAUGUUCAAAUUGUAAUAUUAUAUAAUAAUAACUAAUUGUAAGACUAUGGUUGAUUUAUGCUUAUAGUAUUAAACCAAUAACUCUCCCAUGUAUAUAUAUAUUUUAAGGGUAAUAUAAACCAUUGACAGUAAUAGUUUUAAAAAUUUGGAUGGAUUCCGUUGUUACAUUAUUAAAUUUAGACACUGUUAACGCAAAAAGUAGAAAUUUUCAGAUAUAAUUGUUGGAACAUCACUUUUAAAUACCUAAUCAGUCUCAGAAUUAUUGUUAUUGUUUAGGUAUAAUAAUAAUAAUUAUUUUUUUUUAUUAUAAAUUUUCCAUAAAUGUAAUUAAAAUUAAGCAAACACACAUUUGUAAUUAUUGAA